AUGUUGUCCCACAAGAUCCUAGUGGCCGUCCUCUUGUUAAACGUCUACGUCGGCGUGCAGUCCGUCUACUAUUUGUUCGGCGGCGUCCUCUUAUCGGUGGUGUUCGCCAUGGCCUUUUUAAACGGACCGCGGCUCCUGGACUGGGCCAGCUCGCCCCCUCAUCUCCAGUUCAACAAGUACGUCCUGACCGGAUACCGACCCGUCUCCUCCGUGCAGGACUGCAUCAGGAGCCUCUUUUACCUGCACAACGAACUUGGGAACAUCUACACCCACGGCAUCCCUUUGCUCUGCUUCCUGGUGCUGCUGCCGCUCAACAUCCCCUGGUCCCAGAUCAGCGUGACGUGGCUGGGCGUGGUGCACUUCCUGGCCUGCCUGUCGCCCCAGCUGGGCUCGGUGCUCUACCACCUCUUCAUGAACCACGAGGGGGGCGAGCCGGUCUACCACACCCUCCUCAAACUGGACGUGUGCGGAAUCUGCAUGAUCAACACGCUGGGGGCGCUGCCGAUCCUCUACAGCACGCUGCUGUGCUACCCGCUGAUCCGCACGGUGGCGCUGGCCGUCUACAUCCUGCUCUCCAGCCACGCCAUCUACUGCGCCGUGACGGCCCGCAGCAGCGUGCGCCGCCUGCGCUCCUUCGCCUGGCAGGCGCUCUUCCGCUUCUCCUUCUUCCUGAUGCGCUGGGUGGGCGUGGGCGGCGGCAGUCCCACCUCGCUGCGCCACUUCCUCACCAUGGACGCGCUGGCCGUGCUGGGCGGCGUCAUCAACAUCGCCCGCAUCCCCGAGCGCUUCCGCCCGGGCCUCUUUGACUACUGGUGCAACAGCCACCAGAUCAUGCACGUGCUGGUGGUGGGCUCCAUCCUCUACCUGCACUGGGGGGUGCUGGACGACCUGCUGUGGAUCAACAGCUACAACUGUCCCUCGGACUGACCCCCUGCCCGCCCCCCUGCGGCAGAGACGGGUGAGCUAGCAUGCGAUUCGGGAUGUUCACGCCUCUUUCUGUGGAUCUUCUCACAUGGAACGAGUAGAAGACACUGGAAACUUUUACUGCUGAGCUUCCUUAGGAAGUUCCUGUUAGUUGAUGGGACGGACGGGUGGGGGGGGCAGUGUCGUUACCUAUGCAGCGUGUCCAUAUCAUGCAUCGGCACACGCCUCCGGAUUUAUAGUCCUAAUUAUUUUUAACAUUGAAAUAUUUUCUGUCCAUAGCAUGGGCCAAAAAUAGACAGGUGAUGCAGUUCACCGAGUUCCCCACUAGGGGGAGCAACUGCAGUGGAACCAUGUGAAAUCAUGUGACUACAUAUAAAUACAUGUAUGUAAAAAGCAACGUUUUAGCAAGAUAUCAGCAUUAGAUGCUGUCACGCAAGUGUAAAAGGAAGCAAAGCAGCGGUCGUUGUAUAAACAGCCCACAGGACUGCGAUCUAUCGGUGGCUGCGGUCGGUCCACGUUAUCGUUUUUGCUUAACGGAGUAAAAAAAAAUAUGUCUCCAACUGCAAACCAACGUACCUCUGUUCCCCUUUUCUUGUUUUUCAUGUCACAUCGCCGAAAGGAGUCUCACUACCAGAUCCUCGCCAAAUCUAGCGACAGGGUGGCUAGAUUGGCGACACAAAUCCCUCCUGCAGCAUCGGGCUAGCGGGUUGUAAAAUGAUUGUACGGGGGGACACUGACUUUGAACAACCACGACACCCCCGCCCCCGUCGACUAUUUAGCUCCUUAGCUUCCCUCUUCGCAAAAGAGAACAGUGCUAAUUAAGCGUCACUUUAGAGAACUAAGUCACUUUUAUUGCAAUUGUUGAGCUGAAAUCGCAGGAGGAAACGGCCUUUUACAUGAGUGACAUGAGCUUCGAUUUAUUUAUUUUAUUUUGAAAUGCAGGGGGAAGCAGGAACCCGGCUUGGUGAUACGUUGUGGUCGUCUACCACCAUGUAUUUCCAAUGCGCUGUAUUGUUUUUUUUUUAAUGCAUGUGAGGUACAGAGGUGGGUUGCGCACCGCCCUUUGAGCCAACAUGGAAGUGCUUAGAUGAUGACGACCGCACGCUUAUUCAGGUAUUUCCUGCUUUAAGAGGUCACCUGAGAUUUAUCCUUUCAAAACAAUAAAAGUAUAUUUUCUUGUACCCCGCCUCUUGCCCGUAGACAGCUGGGGUAGGCUCCAGCACCCCCUGCUAACCCUCGUGAGGAUAAGCGGUAGAAAAUGAAUAUUUUCAGCCAUUGUGGCGCUGUUAUUGCCAAAUUAGCAUGCAUACGCCGACAUACUUUGAUUUGUUAACGUCACAGAUGCAUGAGUAGCUAUUAGCUCGUCCUUAGCUUGAUCGCACCCCCACCCCCGCCCCCACCCCCCCCUUCCCCGAAGCAUCACUCCUUGCUCUUAAAGGGCUCCAAGUUGAAGGUCAAGUCCAUACACGUGGUGUAAAUAUAGAACCAUGUAUGUAGAGCGUAUAUACGUACAUACGACCAAGUGUUUCUUCUUGAGGGGUGCCGCCCCGUCUUUGCUCACCUUUUCCUGACCCCGACUACACUAUUUCCGAGAGUAUGCGGGUGGGCGGGACCGCCACAGGUCAAUCUAUGCAUCAUAAAUCAACGGGGACGCAACCCUCGCUGUUAAUGUCAGCCGCGUGUUCCGCUGCCCCGCCCCCGUCCCCGUCCUCGUCCCGCCUCUCAGGUGCCGCAACAGUAGCUGGAAUGUCCCAAAUUAGGCGUCCCGGGCAUAUAUAUGUACAGUGGUACCGCUUAGGGGGGCAUUCCGCCAAAUCGCUGCCAUUUGCUUGUUGUAUCACUCUGAAGAUGAACGUACUGGGGUGCAGGGGAUCUGAUUGAUCCAACUUCCUGUUUACCAUGUGACCACGUUACUAAGGGCGUGAUGCGGUGGGCCAACGGGACUGGGUGUGUUCAAGUACAGUUGGGACAGAUUGAAAUGAAGUCUCAUUUCAGGAAGCGUGGAUAUUCCCAAUGUUCAAGGUAGUUUAAAUUGUCCUUAAAUGGGUUGAAUGUGCGGGACACAAAAAAUGUAUUUCCUGUUACUUUAACUUGACUUCCUGGGGGCGCAAAUGGCACGCGUACGGUGGAAUGCUCCAUAAGGUCAUCAUUCCUGUCUGAUGUGAUUUUCCUCUCCCGCCCAUAACAAGCGCUUACAGCAGACAGGAAGUGCUUAUACAGGAGGGGAACCCGUCCCAACAUGUAUGUAUGUAUGUAUGUAUGUAAGUACAGUACAUACGCAUGGAAGUACAGCGGGACAAAGUAUUUUUUUUUUAAAAAACAUAUACAGUGUAUCUCGGAAUAGAACAGCAGCGCCGGCUAGCCUGUUAGUUUGUAACGGGUCAGAAUAAUUGUCGUGUAGUUGACCCACUAAGGACCUGCUCCAUGUCUCCAUGAUGACGAUGAUGAUGGGUGAAUGUGGCGCCCUCUAGUGGCAUGCAAGCGCCUGUGAUUGCUGGCAGACAGACCAUUGAUCUGACUGCAGACGAUUGUGCAAUAAAACUCAAGUCUAUAUUUGUAAACGUGCACC